AUGAAGGUCUUAGCUGUCACCAUCGUUUGUCUUGUUGCCAUAACAACAACACACGGGUUUGGAUUUGGUUUCCCACCUAUCGGCGGCAUCGGUAUGCACCCACUCGGCCUUGGAAUGCAUCCUUUUGGACUUGGGAUGUCCCGAUUCGGAUUUGGAAUUCCUCAUCUCGGUCUUGGAAUUCCUCAUCUCGGUUUUGGAAUCCCCCCUCUCGGCCUUGGAAACCCCGCUGCUGGCCUUGGUGUUUCCCCGCUUGCUGUCGGUAACACCGGAUCAGUCAACCAAGGAUUAGUGCAGACAGGCAAACAGAGCGCCGGUGCCAUUGGUUCUAAUGGACAUGGUGCUGACCAUAUUGAUCUCGACGCUUAUGCAGCUGCUUCCUACGCCGCUGCUGCUCCCACGACAAUUGCCGCUUCAGCUGUUGCUCCAGUAGGACAUGCUGCCUACGAACCUGUUUACAUUGCAGUGUAA